UAUCCGCGCAGGCGCAGUGGGGACACCGGAGCCGCUAUAAGGGAUGUUGUUUGGCUCUGCGUCUGCUGAGUGGAGAAGCCGCAGCGGGGUUAGUCGGUGAGCGGAGGUACUUGAGGUGAAAAUACACGUGUAAACCCUGGCGUUUACAGAAGAUGAAAGACAUCGACAUAGGAAAAGAGUACAUUAUACCCAGUCCUGGGUAUAGAAGUGUGAGGGAGAGAGCCAACUCAGUGCAGCAUGAAGAGCAGAAAGGGUCAAAAUUUCAGCAUGCUAAACAUCAGAUUGAAUGCCAGGAUGCCUUGGAAGCAGCUGCUCGGGCAGAGGGCCUGCCACUGGACACCUCUGUGCAUUCCCAGCUGAGAAUGCUGGAUGAAGAGCAUCACAAGAGCAAAUACCACCAUGGCUUGAAUGUGCUGAAACCCAUACGGACUACUUCCAAACACGAGCACCCUGUUGAUAAUGCUGGACUGUUCUCCUGCAUGACCUUCUCCUGGCUCACUCCUUUGGCCCACAGAGCGUACAAGAAAGGGGAAUUGUUUAUGAGUGAUGUGUGGUCUUUGUCAAGUCAUGAGUCUUCAGAUGUCAAUUGUAGAAGGCUGGAGAGAUUGUGGCAGGAAGAACUGAAAGAAAGUGGGCCUGAUGAUGCUUCUCUCCGGAGGGUUGUGUGGAUUUUCUGCCGCACCAGGCUCAUCAUUUCCAUAGUGUGUCUGAUGAUCACUCAACUUGCGGGUUUUAGUGGACCAGCGUUUGUUGUGAAACAUCUUCUGGAGUAUACCCAACAGAAUGAGUCCAACCUGCAGUACAGCUUGUUCUUAGUUUUUGGCAUCUUUAUGACGGAAGUGGUGCGAUCCUGGUCCCUUGCACUAACCUGGGCUUUGAAUUAUCGCACGGGGGUUAGACUGCGUGGAGCUGUCUUGACAAUGGCAUUUAAGAAAAUUCUUAAACUGAAGAAUAUCAAGGAGAAGUCUCUUGGAGAGCUCAUAAAUGUGUGUUCCAAUGAUGGUCAAAGGAUGUUUGAAGCUGCAGCAGUUGGCAGUUUGUUGGCUGGGGGCCCUAUUGUGGCCAUCUUAGGAAUGGUUUAUAAUGUGAUUAUUCUGGGUCCAACAGGCUUCUUGGGCUCUGCUGUUUUCAUCCUUUUCUACCCAGCAAUGAUGUUUGUUUCACGCCUCACAGCUUAUUUCAGACGAAAAUGUGUAUCAACAACAGAUGAGCGUGUGCAGAAAAUGAAUGAAGUCCUUAAUUACAUUAAGUUCAUUAAAAUGUAUGCCUGGGUCAAACCGUUUUCACAGAAUGUUCAAAAAAUUCGUGAGGAAGAACGUAAAAUCUUGGAGCGUGCGGGCUACUUCCAGAGUAUCACUGUGGGUGUGGCUCCCAUAGUUGUAGUCAUUGCCAGUGUGGUGACCUUUUCUGUCCACAUGAUCCUUGGCUACGAUCUUACAGCAGCUCAGGCAUUCACAGUGGUCACUGUCUUUAAUUCAAUGACUUUUGCUCUAAAAGUAACACCUUUCUCAGUGAAGUCUCUGUCUGAGGCAUCUGUUUCUGUUGACAGAUUUAAGAGUUUAUUUCUAAUGGAAGAGGUUCAUAUGAUAAAGAAAAAACCAGCCAAUCCUCACACCGCGAUAGAGGUGAAAAAUGCUACCUUGGCUUGGGAGUUCUCCCAUGCCAGCGUCCAGAGCUCACCAAAGUUGACCCCCAAAGUGAAAAAAGACAAGAAAGUCACCAAGGGCAAGAAAGAGAAAAUGAAGCUACAGAACGAGGGACAGCAAGCUGUGCUGGCAGAGCAGAAGGGCCAUCUUCUAGUGGACAGUGAUGACCAUCCUAGCCCCGAAGAAGAGAACAAAAUUAUCCACCUAAUUAACCUUCGACUUCAGAGGACUCUGUACAACAUUGACUUGGAGAUAGAAAAGGGAAAACUUGUUGGAAUUUGUGGCAGUGUGGGGAGUGGAAAAACUUCACUUAUCUCAGCCAUUUUAGGACAGAUGACUCUGUUGGAGGGUAGCAUUGCAGUAAGUGGAAUGUUUGCAUAUGUGGCCCAGCAGGCCUGGAUUCUCAAUGCUACACUUCGGGACAACAUUCUUUUUGGCAAGGAAUAUGAUGAAGAAAGAUACAAUAUGGUGUUGAAUGGUUGCUGUCUAAGGCCUGACCUAGCCAUACUUCCAAAUGGGGACCUGACAGAGAUUGGUGAACGAGGGGCUAACCUGAGUGGAGGACAGCGUCAGAGAAUCAGUCUGGCUCGAGCCCUGUACAGUGACAGGGACAUUUACAUCCUUGAUGACCCCCUUAGUGCCUUAGAUGCUCAUGUUGGAAAUCACAUUUUUAACAGUGCAAUAAAGAAGCACCUGAAGUCAAAGACUGUCCUUUUCAUCACUCAUCAGCUUCAGUAUCUUGUUGACUGUGAUGAAGUGAUCUUCAUGAAAGAAGGCUGCAUUACUGAGCGAGGAAGUCAUGAGGAACUGAUGAAUUUAAAUGGGGACUAUGCAACUAUUUUUAAUAACCUACAGCUGGGAGAAACACCCCAUAUUGAGAUUAAUAUAAAGAAGAACACAAACAGUUCAUUGAAAAGACCCCAGGAUAAAAAUACCAAAACAGGGUCUGUGAAGAAAGAGAAAAUUGUAAAGAAGGAAGAGGGCCAGUUGGUCCAGCUGGAAGAGAAAGGCAAAGGCUCUGUCCCCUGGUCUGUUUAUGGUGUCUACAUUCAGGCAGCUGGAGGUCCUUUUGCUUUCCUUGUCAUCAUGACACUCUUUGUGCUGAAUGUGGGCAGUACAGCUUUUAGCAAUUGGUGGCUUAGUUUCUGGAUCAAGCAAGGCAGUGGGAACACUACUGUGACUUUGGGAAAUGAUACUGUUGUAAGCAACAGUAUGAAAGAUAACCCUCACAUGCAUUACUAUGCUGGCAUCUAUGCACUGUCUAUGGCAGUUAUGUUGAUCCUGAAGGCUGUUCGUGGUGUUGUCUUUGUAAAGGGAACUCUUAGAGCAUCCUCAAGGCUCCAUGAUGAGCUCUUCCGACGGAUUCUGCGUAGCCCCAUGAAAUUCUUUGACACUACACCCACUGGGCGAAUUCUCAACAGGUUUUCCAAAGACAUGGAUGAAGUUGAUGUUCGUUUGCCGUUUCAAGCAGAAAUGUUCAUUCAGAAUGUCAUCCUUGUGUUCUUCUGUGUGGGGAUGAUUUCUGGGGUUUUCCCCUGGUUCCUGGUGGCUGUGGGGCCCCUCAUUGUCCUGUUCACAGUCCUACAUGUUGUGUCUAGAGUCUUUAUUCGAGAGCUCAAGCGUCUGGACAACAUCACACAGUCUCCAUUCCUGUCUCAUAUUACAUCUAGCAUCCAGGGUCUAUCCACAAUCCAUGCCUACCACAAAGGACAGGAAUUUCUGCACAGAUAUCAGGAGCUCCUAGAUGACAAUCAGGCACCAUUUUACCUGUUCAGCUGUGCAAUGCGCUGGCUAGCUGUACGGCUGGACAUUAUCAGCAUUGCUCUCAUCACAACCACUGGCCUUAUGAUUGUCUUAAUGCAUGGCCAGAUUCCUCCUGCCUAUGCUGGGCUGGCCAUCUCAUAUGCUGUCCAGUUAACAGGGUUAUUCCAGUUUACAGUCAGACUUGCUUCAGAGACAGAAGCUCGCUUUACCUCAGUUGAGAGAAUUGAUCACUAUAUCAAGACACUUUCCCUGGAAGCUCCGGCCCGAAUUAAAAAUAAGACUCCUCCGUUGGACUGGCCACAAGAAGGUGAAGUUGUUUUUGAAAAUGCAGAGAUGCGGUACCGAGAGAACCUUCCUCUAGUACUUAAAAAAGUGUCCUUUACCAUCAAACCAAAGGAAAAGAUUGGCAUUGUGGGAAGGACAGGCUCAGGGAAGUCUUCUCUUGGAAUGGCACUCUUUCGUCUUGUUGAACUAUCUGGAGGCUGUAUUAAAGUUGAUGGAGUGAAAAUAAAUGAUAUUGGUUUGGCAGAUCUCCGCAGCAAACUCUCAAUAAUUCCUCAGGAACCUGUGCUAUUCAGUGGCACUGUGAGAUCAAAUUUGGAUCCUUUCAAUCAGUACAGUGAGGAACAAAUCUGGGAUGCUUUGGAAAGGACUCACAUGAAGGAGUGUGUUGCUCAGCUGCCUAUGAAACUUGAUUCGGAAGUGAUGGAAAAUGGAGAAAACUUCUCUGUUGGAGAGAGACAGUUACUGUGCAUAGCUAGAGCUCUGCUGCGUCAUUGCAAAAUUUUGAUACUGGAUGAAGCAACAGCUGCUAUGGACACUGAGACAGACUUACUGAUUCAGGAGACUAUCAGAGAGGCAUUUGCAGACUGUACUAUGUUAACAAUUGCUCAUCGCCUGCACACAGUACUGGGCUCUGAUCGGAUCAUGGUGCUAACACAAGGACAGGUAGUGGAGUUUGACACGCCGUCUGCUCUUCUGGCCAAUGAGAACUCGCGCUUCUAUGCUAUGUUUGCUGCUGCGGAGAACAAGGCUGGGAGUACCUUCCACUUUUCCUGACGCCAGCACUGGCUCUUGCCUGGUCCAGCAGUGACCCAGCUCAGAAAGCUAACUUGCAGAAAGUUCACCCUCCUCUGUACAAAGAAGGAGACAGGAAGGCACACCUGGAAGAGGGAGGUGAAGUGGGGCUGCUAUUUUCAGUAGGUGCUAACUGUAACACUGGUAUAGAUAUGAGGAGAAACUGCUCAGGAUUCAUUGCACCAAACUUCUGCUUCCCAGUUAUGCUGCUAAAAAGGUCAAUAUUUUACUCCUGCUUCGGGGAGCUGAAAUACCUGAACAUGUCAGACAAGGGCCUGUGAGAGAGCAGGUGACCAGUUACCUGCAGAUAGCAGGGAUUAACUCAACUGUGUUGUUAAACCUUAGCUCCAGCAUUGUUACUUCAGAAUUAAGGAGAGAGACUGCCAGAGGAAGAUGUUCUUUCUCCUGUAAUAAUUUAUCUGCUUCAUUUGGCACUUGUCUCGUAGACAGUGCACAAGUAUUGCUUCGCACAUGGGUAGCAGUAAUUUUUUUAUUGGCUUUCUUCAUGAACCACAGGAGUAAGUGGAAGCCUGGCCCGGGGCCCUGUCACUGAAGUGAAAGGAAGAAACAUCAGCAUUUACAAAUGAGACUGAAAUAUCUGUAUCUUUGAAUCAUUCUACAAGAGGUUGAGGAUGGUGGGAAUUUUCAGUAGUUGGAUCCUGCUUUAGAAUUUACAGUGUGGUAUCCCAGAGAACAGUUCAUCCUGCAAGGAUUAGAAUAAGACUGUGGGCUUGGGACAGAGGUUUUCCUUAAAGAGAUCCUAUCCAAAAUAGCAUGGAGAUCAUACAUCAUUAUGGUAUGGUUUAACCCUAGCUGACAACUAAGCACCACGCAGCUUGCUCCCCCCCACCAUGGGAUGGUGAAGAGAACUGAAAUGAUAAAAGUGAGAAAGUUGAGAUAAGGACAGUUAUAAUAGGUAAAGCAAAACCCACACAUGCAAGCAAAACAAUCCACGGAAUUCAUUCACCAUUUCCAGCUGCAGGCAGGUGUUCAGCCAUCUCCAGGAAAGCAGGACCCCAUUGUGUGAUAUGACGUAUCCCUUGAAUCAGUUGGGGUCAGCUGUCCUGGCUAUGUCCCCUCCCAACUUCUUGUGCAGGUUCAGCCUACUCACAGGUAGAGAAGCAGAAAAGGCCUUGACUCUGUGUAAGCACUGCUCAGCAGUAACUGAUACUACAUACCUGUGUAAUCAGCGGUAUUUCAGCAUGUAUCCAAAACAUAGUCCCAUACCAGCAACUUUAAAGAAAGUGAACUGUACUGCAGCCAAAACCAGCACACCUUCCUAGUAUGUAAUAAAGGCUGAAGCCCAAGACCAACAGGUGUGCAAAUUGAGAGAGAUUUGUCUGGGACGUGAUCCUCCAGAAUUUCAAUUGCACCAGUUUUGCUUAUUCUGUCCAAAUGGAGCCAGUGCAGCUGAUCUUUAAGUGCAACUUGUUAUCAUAAGCUUAGAGGCCCUGAGAGAAUGUUUUCCUGCUCAUCUCAUCUAUCUGAUGAGUGGAAAUGUUGCACUUGCUUGGGACUUCAAUCAAAAUGCAGGUAGGAUUCUUCUAAGAUGGCCCAAUGGAGGCAGUGUGCAGUUAAAUUGGUGCAAUUAAGUCCCAGGUCCUGAACCUGGGCUAGCUUGUACACAUGAGGAGACUUCAUUACCUGUGGUGAAUAUCAUACUGGGUCAGAGUCUGGUAUGUUACCCCUACGUGAAAGCUGGGGGGAGAUCGAGCAGUCUUAGUACAUUGCUUGGAACAAAGUUUGAGAAAGUACUAUUGUUUCAAAAGGCUAAUGGGAUGAAUAAGAAAAAGUGUCAGAAGGGAAGGAUAAAUGCAGAAAAUGCCAUGUAUGAAUAGAGGAUGUGGAGAGAAAAGGUGGCAGGAAAAAAGUCUCUUAAUUAGGAGGGAAUUGGGCAAAGACAAAAUUGUUUCUUGAAGGUGCUUCAAAGGAACAUACCGAGAAGGUGCAGGGAGGCUGUAAUGCCUUCAUCAACCGAAGAGCUUUCCUGAAGGCUGCCUUGUUCCCUUUUGCUGCAACUGGAAUGUGUGUUUUACUGUAUAUAAGCAAUCACACAAGAUUUCUUUGUAGACCCAGCUUAAGGUCAGUCUAGGAUAAUAUGUGAUUUGGUUUACCCUUGGUUCAGUUGGUAACAGCAGCCAUAUUGUGCUGGGGCCACAGUUUCUGCCUCAAAUAUGAUGAUAUGGUGGAAACUCCACUGGAACUUGGUGCAUAUGCUGCUGUGAGUAGUGUAAGGCAUGGGAGGCUUUUACAAUGUGCCACUAUGGGUUUGUUAAACCCACAAUCAUGUAACUACUGUUCCUGUGUCAUCCACAAGAUGUGCUUCGGAGACUCAUCAGGUGGCUGAGGUAGACUGAAAAUAGUUUACACAAGUGUCACUACAUGGGGCAGAGAUUUCCUUGGACAACAUGAAGUUCAAAUCACAGUGCUUCCAGCACACCACCUUCCUUCCUUCCAGCAUACUGUCUCCUACCCUUAUCAUGCAGAGAAACAAGUGAUUGUGUA